AGCAAGGAAAGUCAAGAGAAGAAGAAAAAGGAAAAAGGAAAAAUGGUUGAAUCCCAAAACCGCCCAAUCAAUUUCCUAGCGCUGGAUUGCGGGCGUCUAAGUAUAAUGUCUUUUUUCUUUUCUUUUCCCUUCUGUCCGCCUGCUUCUUCCCUUCACGGCUAACUUUCCCGAAUAUCGGUAUCCCAUGAGCACAAUCAGUCAAUUUGCAACUGGUCGUUUGCAAAUUGGUCUGCCACGGGUACCUUACAGUUUUUCUCUCUCUCGAGCCAGUUUGCUAGUUCGUUAAGAGUACUUGAAAUUUGUCACAAAUAUUCAGCUAAUUAAUUUGUUCAGCUACGGUAGCAGGUUAUCGUGAGCCCCCCGGCCUAAAAAGAUUGGUAUUUUGAUACGAUACCAGCGCUGUAGAAUCGUGGUCAUGUUGCCCCCCCUCUAACGGGCCGACAACAAUUAACAACACACCAAGUCAUCACUGUAACUUGACCCGAAAAAGCUACAAGCGCAAAGUACUGUACAAGUAUAGUACAUAAGCGUAAAGUUUUGAAUAUGGGAAUUGCAAUAUGGGCAAGGUCCAGCACAUACACACAUCCCAUCCCCAAAACCGUCAAGCUCUCGACGUGUUGUAGCGGGAGAGGGUGAGAAGGCAUCAUAGUCCAAAGAAGGGGGGCGUAGUGGUUGGAGAAGUCAGAAGGAGAGGGGGUGGGCGUGGUGCGUGCGUUCACGCAUGCUGACUUCUCAAACCCAGCCUUUCCAAUUCCUGCUCCGAAUUGCCUGUGCGUUCUUGGAAAUCCCGAGAGUGGAUUGGCAGGCAAGUCUGAAGGAAAACCUUAAACUCAUCAUCAUACAUCGUGUAGCACACGAGCAAUAUACACUUAUGAUAUCAAAAGGAAAAGCAUCAGCCCACACACAAGCCACCGCCACCACUAUCAGACUUUCCGCACCUACUAAUGAUAUGGUAUUGCACCCUGGAAUGCUCGGUGAGGUUCGCGAUGCCGGAGACCUCUUUAACAGCUAUCAUCACCCAUAAAACCCCAACCUAUUCCCCGCCAACUCCCCGCACCGAUUCGUCAUCACCCAUCAUCAUCAUCAUCGCCACCGCAAAGCAAGCAAGAGUUCAACCUUAUACUAUAUGUAUUCCUGCAUAAUAGCUUUUCCUCCCCCAUUCAUUCGUCCCCGCAACUCCAAUUACGCCGCUACAAGUACUGCACUCGUACCUGUACGAGCUCACGCGCAAUUCCAUCAUGCAUCUCGCUUCCCCAAUUACUCAUUCACCCGGGCGAGUAUCAUAGCUGCAAAUGCAAGCAAAUUACAGGGUAACAAAUAAUAAUUACGAGUAGGGUAUAGCGUGAAUGAUAUUCCGCGGCAACAACAAAAAAAUUUCUACUGUAGGAGAUCGGAACUCAUCAGAAAGAUGAAGUAGAAAAAAAGAAAAGAAAAGAAAAAGUUAAAUUACGGCAUGUAACGGUAGUUAGUAGUCUAAUGUCCGACGAACCCGUCAUGUUCUAAACUUUGCUUCCUUUAAAAAAAAAAACAAAAAAAACAUCUGGGUAAACGGGGUUUUAUUGAGUAAAUAAAUACAAUUUUAAUUCAGAGGGGGGGGAGGGGGAGUUGAAAUGAGAUGUUGCGCAUCGCAUCUCUCUCUGGACUACCG